UUUUUUACCAAAGCACGACUAAAGAGUUGACUCAGAAUGGCAACAAGUAGCCUGGACCAGACCCUAAAUACUGCGCUCACCUGCCCAGUAUGUCUGGAACUUUACGACGACCCGAGAACUCUACCAUGUCAGCAUAUCUUCUGUUUGGCAUGUCUUAGCGGCAUUAUGAGGGGGGACAGGUCAGUUUGUUGUCCAAUUUGUAGAGAGAUAGUCAAAGUGGGACCCAGGGGUACAGCUAGCUUGCCAAGAAGUUUUCUGGCGGCGGGGCUCGUUGGGGACCUUAUAGAGCGUCCUGUAAGUCACGCCGCAUCAGGGCAUGUCCAAGAGGAUCAAAGGGAGAUAAAGCGAUGCCAAGAGCACCCUACGGAAGAGAUUGUUCUGUUUUGUAGAGAAGAAAGCACCCCGAUUUGUUUAAAGUGUUUGGCACAAGGACACGAAAAUCAUAGAUUUACAACAGUAAAAGAAGUUGCUGCUGAGAGGCGCAUUUCUCUUGACAACUGUCUUUCAGAUAUAUCGCCAUUGGCCAUAGCUUAUGACAAAGCACACGAAGAGCUCGAGGACAUUAUAAGCACGUGCCAAAAUGAAAAAGAUUCCAUAAGCCAACAAAUCACCAACAAAGUUGAAAGUUUGUGUAGUUUAAUUAGGAAACAAGGAGACGAUUUGCUAAAGAACGUUGAUGAAAUAUAUGCAGAUGAAAUGGAGCCGUUUUUCACCGGAAGAGAAUUGAUCAAUAGAAUCCGUGACCGUAUUGGAAACGCACGUCAAAGCGGGGAGGACUCAAUUGAAAAUGACUCAGAUUUAGACUUUAUUGAACAUCAACCUCAACUAUUUAGUGACCUCAUAAAACUAAAAAAGGAAACAAUCUUGCCUCCAUCAACUGCCAAAGGAUUUAAAGUUACUUUCGUGCCAAAAGUUGUGAGGAGUUUCGAUUUGGAACCGAGAACCGCUGGGUUAAGACGAAAGGUUUCGCCCAAGAAAACCUAUACAACAACGAACCUGGAAAAUGAAAGUAAUAAUCUAACAGGUAAACUUGUUCUCAGUAAGCCGUCCUCUUUAAAAACUUGGAUGGAUAGUGCUUCACAUGCAGUCCCAUUUGUUCGGGUACGAAAACCACAUAGCAUAGCUGAAAUGCUAGAUAUACUCGGCGACAAGGGGAAUUUACAACCAUUAGCAAAUGAAGACAUUGCGUCUACCUCAGCCAUCGCUAUGCGACGAUCGCAAAGCGCUUCCGCCUUACUCACCGAGCAAGACAGUGAGCAUUACGACGCUACAGAAAGACGAACCAGUCAAAUGCCAAUCGAUGAAUUUUUAGCCGCUUAUAUUCAUACAAGGGAUAUCAGCGUCGGGUUCUCACAAACACCAAAUGCUCCAGAGUCAGAUGAAUCAUGGUCAGAUGGAUAAGAAUUUUGUACAUUCCAGUAAAUAAUUAAUAUCUGAAGAGCUGAUUCUGAUUUUAGAGCCAAUGCAUUAGCCACAAGCAAAUUUUGCUGAGGUGGUUUAGUGGGUAGGGGACAAGGACGAUUUUCUUCCUCGCUUUGCUUGACAGAUACAAGGUAUACAUGUAUCAAAUAGUUGAAGAGAGCAAUUAUUAAUUGCAUGUAUUUCAUAUUCAGAGUUGACAUUUAAUGGAAUAUUUUUUCCAAAUCAUUUUUCUUUUAUUUUUUUCCCUACUUUUCCGACUUAUGAGCGAAAACAAGGGUUUACUUGAUUUUUUUCAAUGUCAGUGAAAUUGGCAGGGAAAUUUGCAUUUUGGUCAGAGAAAACUGAAUUUCAAAAAAAAAAAAAAAAAAAAAUCAGGGAAAAGUCAGGAAGAAAUAAAAUUUUAGGAAGAUUUUCAUAUUUUCUAGGGCUAUGGCAGUCUUCCAGUAUAAAUUAGCUAUACUCUCUGACUUAAUUUAUCAGUAAGAUUUUAUCUAUGUUAAACUUUGAUAUAUGAAUGUUUGUUCAUUGUUGUAAAUCAUGAUAAGAAUUGGUUUAAAUAAGAUAAUUAAACAAUUAUGAGUGAAUAGGACGGUUGUAAGGGAUGUGAAGGCAGAAAAACUAUGUGGUAUUGGUCAAUGAAAAACAGGAUUUGGUCAGUGAUAAGUCAAUGAAAAAUCAGGGAAUUUUAAGAAUGACGUGAUUUCUUCUUAAGUCAACUGCUAAUAUUUAGAUAGUUUUUACCUCCAAAAUUCGAUGUCUAGCAGGACAUCUUUUUCAGGGAACUAUCUCAAUAUUAUCUGUUGACUGAAGAAAAAUAUCACAUCAUUCUUAUAACAUAACACAGCUGAUGAAAUUCUUCUCUGUCGGGGAAUUUUAUUUGCUCAACUAACUGGCAACCCUGUAGUAGCAUGGAAGGAAAGUCGAAAGAUAUAAUGAAUUCUGAUUAGAAUAGAUUUGAUGAUAUUAUAUACAUACAUGUAUUCUGGUGAGAUAAGAUACUUUGUAUGAACAAAUCAUAAAAGAUGCAUUAAAGCAGGUCAAUGUCAAACA